AUGAAGUUCAACAAGUACAAGGACAAAAUGGGGAGAAUGUCCAACCAGCCCUUUGACAGCAGGCCGCACAACAUAAUCGUCACGAAUAUCCCGAAAAACCUAAGUUCAAGGGAAAUUAUGGAAACCUUCAGGUUCAUGGGGAACAUUCUUCGAGCGGACAUUAUGUUGACCAGCAAGGGCGAGCACUCAGGCUGCGCAUGCUUAACCUUUCCGGACUACGAAUCGGCCGCCUUCGCAGCUAGCCGUUAUGAUGGUGGCAUGUUGAACAACCAGAAAAUAAAGAUGUUUGUAGAAUAGGGUGCGGCUUGCGGAAGCUUGCGUGUGUGUGUGCAUGUGUGCUUGUGUGUAUGUUUUCGUGUGCAUGUGCGUAUGCCAUGGCGUGUCUGUACGUAUGCCUUCACAUGUCUGUGCCUAUGUUUGUGCUUGCUGCAUGGGCACUGGAAAAAGCGCCGAAGGUGCAUGUGAUUGAAGCCGGCCAAAUCAAGAAGGUGAAUUGCCCUUCCCUGCAGCUUCGUGGAGGUAGUUUUUAGCCCACCCUCCCCCUCUUGCGUGUGGCUCGGUGCAAUAGUGACGAUGGUGUGUAUGUGCGAAUGUAGGUACGUGCUCCCAUACAGGUAGACGUGUGCUCCCGUAUAGGUAAGCGCGUGCUCCCAUACAGGUGGAUGCGUAUGCCUUCGUAUUUACACGCCUAUCGUUACGUAUGCAUGUUUGUGUAUCCCCCCAGGGGCCGACAGGAAUGCGCGCCCUCGCUCUGAGUCGCCGAACACAGUUAACCCCCUCAACCAUGUGCUGUCGCGUGCGUAUUUUCUUUCCCGUGUGCCUCCACGCAUGAGCAUCCGCAUGUGCACACUUGAACACGCCAGAACAAA